AUGUCUGACUCACGCAACUCAACCCAUAAGUCACUUUUUGAUGAUGAUGACCAUACUCACUCUGCCACUGUCGAUAGAGAGGGCUCGAAGAAGAAUGGUGUUGCUUCUCCAUGUUCUUUUGUUAUUGAUGUGGAUGAUGAUGAUGAUGAUGAUGGUGAUGACAGAGAAAGAUCACCAUUUAGAAAAUCUGUUGUAAUCCCAAAAGAGAAAAGAUCAGAGUGCUACAACAAGAACAGUUUUAUUAUAGUCCCGGUUAAUCACAUAUCUGAGGUUGAGGCAACGAUGACAAAGAAGCCUAUAAAAAUUCGAUGCAAGUUGAAGCUGCCGGUCAAGUCUUUUGUUUUGAAAAGACGGCACAGUGACGAUGAUGAUGGUGAUAAUAAAGAAAAGGUCAGGAGAAAAAAGAAGAGGAUGAUUGUAAAGGCACCUGCAGUUCCACCAGAAUUGCCUGCUGAAUUCAAAAAUCUCAUCGAAAGUCUGAAUGGUACUGAAUUGAAUUUGCUGAUUGAAAAGUCACUGUACAGCACAGACCUUAACCAUAAUCACAGGCAUCUAUCUUUGCCAUUGAGUCAAAUUCAUAAUGGAUUCCUCACGCAAGAAGAGAAGGACUUGCUCGAAACAAGAACUGGAAAGCAUAAGACAUCCAUUGUAGCCAAAUUAAUUGUUCCGUCAAGAAAGGAAUCUGAUAUAUUUCUUAAGAAGUGGGACACGCCUAAGAAAGUAGGCAAAGUGAAUUCAACUUAUAAUCUAACGACAAGUUGGAAUAAUGUUCUGGAGAGCAACAAACAGUGCGAAGGAAUGAUUGUAUAA